AUGGAACAGGAAAUCGUUCAAUGCGUCCUUGCUAUCUUCGAGGAUGAUGACGCAAUCCGGGAUGCGCUCAGACAGAGGCGCCUAGUCUGGUUUAUCAUCAGCGCGAUGAAUACGCCACACGUUCCUACUCGCACAUUGCUAUGCAAAUGGAUUAUGUUCUUGAUUGCCUGGCCGGAGGGCAAGGCACUCGGCACGCCGGCCAUGGUCAUGGAAGCGCUGGAGAAGCUUAGCGUCGAUAAUCCGAAUCCCGAGGCGACUACUCAAGGAAGUGGUGGCGACAACCCGUACGACUACUGGUUUCGGAGCUUCGAGGUGACCUUAGCUGGCAGAGGGAAGUUUGGAAGUUUAGUCGGCGCGAGUAAGGAUGUGAGGAUGGCAGGUCAGGAUAGUUCGUUGGACGAAUACGCGUUCUGCAACGUCACAAUGCUCAUUGCCAUUCUGGGGAGCCUUCAGGACCUUGAUGCGCGCCUCAAUCAUCGUGCCAUGCUCCAGCUCGCGGGCUUGCCACGCAUCACGAAGCUCCUUCGAGAGCUUGACAUAGACAGGGUUAACGACAAGCUGAAGAUGCUGCAGAGCAUUCUUGACGAGGACUUCCGGCAGCUUAGUAAAUGA